GUGCCAUGAAUGCAUUUAAAAACUACGGAAAUGAGUAGAAUAGUGAUUUUUUCUUUGAAAAAGAUUUGAGUGUCGGUUUUUUGAGGAUUCGAUGAGAAUGUGUGCGUGCCAUAAGCCAGUGUCAAGUUGGUAGUGGUGAUAGCAGCCAAGAAAUGUUUUUGUGGAUUUUAGCAGAUUUCUGUGAUUUGAAGGCAUUUUCGAAGGAAAAUCCCAUGAAAAAUUAUUGGUAUUUUUUCCUGCUAUCUACUGAAUAUAUGCAGGUGAAGGAAACCACCACCGGCCGCAAGAAGCCUCCGGCAGCAGCGGCGGCUGCAAAGACGACGACGGAUAGCCAUGAUGCCAAGAAGCGUAAACACGGACAGCUCAAAGAGGAAGAUUCCCGAAGAACUAGCCUCAAGGACAAAUCCGGCGGAAAGCAUUCGAAAAAGAAGCGUUCCCGCUCUUCAUCGUCAUCGUCUAGCGACAGUCGGGAUUCGUCCUCUUCCUCGUCUUCUUCGUCAUCGUCGUCUUCAUCCUCUUCGUCGGAGUCGGACUCUAGCAGUGACCGAGAUCGAAAAUCCCGCAAAAAGUCGUCGAAUAAACCAUCGACCAGCAAACCCCAGGAAGCGACCUCUACUAGCAGCAGCAGCGGUGCUAUGAAACAGGAAAGUGUUAAGCUGGCGAAAGUGCCGUCUCUAUCGCCAGAACAUCGACGUCCGGUCAAAGAGAAAAGCCCCGCAAAGCCGAGUCCCAUCGUAGCGGAGAGGAAGAAAAGUCCACCUGCAGAACGGAACGAAAGACCCCGUAGCCACCGGAGCAGCUCCCGCGAUCGCUAUGACAGCAAGCGCAACGACAACAGGGACAGAGAUCGGCGCGAUCGCGACCGGGACCGGGACCGUGAUCGAGAUCGAUCAUCGCGACACCACCGAGACUACGAUGAUAGCCGGGAUCGACGGGACAAAUAUUCCGGCCGAGGCGGCGGUUACAAAGAGGACAAACGAGAUCGACGCGACAAAUACGAUCGAUACGAUCGGAAAGAUCACGAUCGUAGUCGCGAUCGCAAGGAUAAGCGAGACUAUGACAGGGAUCGUUACUAUCGACGAUCGUCGUCACGCGACCGCAAGAGGAAAACCAGCGAAGAUAAAUUCAAAAGAAGAUCGCGAUCGAGGAGCAAAUCUCCGAUCAAGAAUCCCAUGUCACCCAUUAAAACAGCACCUCCGGUCGUUAUUCCGCCAACAAAUUUACCCACUAGAUUUGUUCCCACUGUGAAACCUCCGCCGAUCAAUCCAGCUUUGAUCCCACCGCUAAUGGCCAUCAACGUAGGACCAAUUGACCUGCCUCUGCGCCCCGGAACCAGCAGUGAUCUUCCGAUCGACCAACAAAACACUCUUUCUCAUACUUCUUUGAUGCGCAGCACGGAGAAAGCCGCCCAGCUACAAAAGCUGGGAAUCGAUGUCCUGCUGCAGAACAAGAAAGCGACCGAAUCCGUUCCGUUGCCUUCGUACUACAAUCCGGGCGUCGUCAAUCCGGUCCGCUAUGCCGAUCAAGUACAAAAACGGAAGCUCCUGUGGGGCAACAAAACGGCCGAGAGCAAGGAGGUGUCCACCAACAUCAGCAAAUGGGAACAGGCCAAGUUCUCCCAGGACAAGGACGGCAAGAUGGCGUCCAAGUUCUUGCGCCUGAUGGGCGUCAAGGAUGGUCACAAACCGGCCCCGGCAGACGAAGCCAAACCGGGACCCAGCGGAACCGGGGACAGUAUCAAGAAGCAGGAGGAACUAUUUUCGACCAUGGAGCAGCAGUACGAAGUGGCCCGACAGGUGACGCACACGAUGCGGGGCGUUGGACUUGGCUUCGGAUCCCAGCCGAGGACCUUCUGAGAUGUUGCUCUUGGUUGUCGAAAGGUAGGCAUUCUUUCUAUAUGUAGCGAUUCUUAACCCAAAAUAGAAAUCUUGCGCCAAAUUCAUGAAAAUGAUGCAGGGUAAAAUAUAUGUCUAUGAAAUCCUGCUGCUGAAGCCUAGGAGAGAUCUCACGUGGGAUAGUGGUGGCCUAUUGAAGUUAGAGUAGGGUGCACCAGUUGACCAUUAUCCAACCUUCGAGAGAUCUGAACCAUCACAAAAAUUAUAUAAAAAUAAAAGUUUACACUUGCAAUAUUGACGCUGAGGCGUGUUUUCGAAAGUUGGAUGCAUGAUUACUGCACUGAAUUUUACAUAACAAAGAUGUAAUGAUCCAAAAUAUGGAUGCAAAAUAAAUACUGAAGCAAACCAA